AUGAUAUAUUCAGUGGAUAAACGUGUUAAAUCCCUAUUAGUUUUUAUCGGCGUUGUAAUUAUUUUCAUACUUGUCACUCUUGCUCUUGCUGCAGCUACAUUGAGUGUUGUUGUUAACCUGUUAAAAAACACAACAACACACAAUUUAUUCCUCGGUUCUCAAUAUGCUGAAUCGAUUAAAAUUUCUGAUGUAAUGAUGCAUCUUAAUGAACUACAAAAUAUAGCAACGAAUGCAAAUGGUACUCGAGCUAUUAAUACACUUGGUUUCAAUCGAACACUUGAUUAUAUUAAUAAUUAUUUGUCAUCUCAUACAAAUUUUAAAGUAACAACAGAUCAUUUGUAUUUAAGAAAUUUUGUUAUUGGUUCCAAUCCAAUAUUAAUAACAUUCAUUAAUGGUGUAACUGUUAAUCGCAUAUUUUCAACCAAUCUUUCUGCAUCAGAAUUCUCUUUUCUUCAAUAUACAAGAUCAGCUAAUUUUCCUACCUGUAUUCCAAUAAAUGUUAUUCCAAAUCUUGGUUGUUCUGAUAAUGAUUGGCUUGCUGCAAAACUUUCUCCCAAUGAUCGAGUUGCAUUAGUCAAAAGAGGUGAUAGCAAUUUUGCUGCCAAGGCAGCAUUUGCAUCGAAAUAUAAUGUUACUGCUCUUUUACUAUAUAAGGAUGGAAUGAAUAAUGAAUUACCAGGACUUUUUCUUUCCUAUGCUCUUGGUCAAGAACUUGCUGAUGCUGCUCAAAAUUCAUCAAACAAUGUCAGUGUUCGUAUAACUAUCUCUGUAGCUGAUGAAUCAAAAUAUCCUGUUGGUAAUAUGUGUGCUGAUACACCGACGGGUGAUGUUACUCAGACAAUUGUUGUUGGUACUCAUAGUGAUGGUGCACGAGCUGGUCCAGGUAUUAACGAUAACGGUAGUGGUAGUGCAGCAAGUCUUGGUUUAGCUGUGGCUCUUGCUCGUCUUUUUCAAAUGUCUACUUAUGAAAAAUAUAGAUAUCGAGUUCGAUUUUGUUGGUGGGGUGCUGAAGAAGAAGGCCUUCUUGGUUCUAAUUAUCAUGUGAAACAAGCUAAACUUUCAACUGUUGUUGGUGAACGUCUCGAUGACUACUUGAUUAUUUUUAAUUAUGAUAUGCUUGCUUCACCUAAUUAUAUGUUUGGUGUUUAUGAUGGUCGAACAGUAACCAUGAAUACUCCAUCAAAAGCAAUUCCAGGUACUAAUAAAAUGACCACUGUAUUUCGUGAAUGGUUUAUUCGACAAAACUUACCAUGGACUUACACUGAAUUUGCUGGUGGAAGUGAUUAUGCUCCGUUCUUAGCUGAAGGAAUAGCUGCUGGUGCCCUUUUCUCCGGUGCAGAUGAGAUAAAAUCGAUAGAAGAACGUAAUUAUUAUGAUAAAAUGCUUGGCCAAGGAAUGGGUGGUAUUGCCGGUGCUAUUCAUGAUCCAUGUUAUCAUCAAGCUUGUGAUUCCAUUCAAAAUGUUAACAUUUUUGCAUAUGAAAAGAUGAUACAAGCUGCUGCUUAUGCUUUAGAAUAUGUAGCUCGACAAGAUGAUUUGAAAGGAUGGCUUUAUCCUCCUGAUGAGAUUCAACGAUUGAAUAUUCGACAAAAACAACGACCAGAAUACAAGUCAAUAAAUGAAUACUUUGGAUUACCAUACUUCUAA